AUGGCUCCUUAUGACGCUCUUUAUGGGCAAAGAUGUAGAUCGCCUAUUGGUUGGUUUGAGGUUGGUGAAGCUGAGUUGAUAGGGCUUGACUUGGUUCACCAAGCCAUGAAGAAAGUGAAGAUUAUACAGGAAAGGCUGAAAACAACGCAAAGUCAUCAGAAAUCCUGUAUCGAUGUUAGAAGGAGAGACUUAGAAUUUGAGGUUUAUGAUUGGGUCUACGUGAAGGUUCGGAAAUUGAGAACCAAAGAAGUUGCAUCAGUCAAGGUAUUAUGGAGGAAUCAAUUUGAUGAGGAAGAUACUUGGGAGGCUGAGGAGGAUUGCAGCAGUUAUAGAAGAGGCAACAAGUUCCAGAUUGCAGCAGUUAUAAAGAACAACAAAUCUGCAGAUUGCAAAUUCCAGAUUCCAGAUUCCUGCAGUUCAUUGAAAGAUACUUCUAUGCAAGGUGCUUCGAAAAGCUUUUUGGCUGAAUGUGAAGCCUUGAGGAACAUAAGGCACCGGAACCUGGUGAAGAUCUCAACAAUUUGCUCAAGUGUUGAUUUUGAUGGCAAUGAUUUCAAAGCUCUCAUUUAUCCAUUUAUGGAAAAUGGGAGCCUAGACGAGUGGUUACAGCCGAAGGAGGGACAGAUGUUGCAGAAGAGAUUGAGCAUCUUACACAGAUUAAACAUUACAAUAGAUGUGGCUUCAACAUUGCAUUAUCUUCACAGUCAAUGCCAUACAUCUAUAGUUUACUAUGAUCUUAAGCCAAACAAUGUUCUAUUGGACAAUGAUCUGACUGCUCUUGUUAGCGACUUUGGCAAAGUUCAUGUCUGA